AUGAGGUCGCUAACGUUACUGGCAUGCGUGUUGCCGUUGUUGAGUUAUACCACCGCCUUCAGGUAUGACGCAAGCAACACGCCGUUAUGGAAGAGGGAUUAUGAGGGGAGGGAAUACUAUGCGUUGCAGUUGUCGGAGGGGAUGAGGCCCGAGACAGUCGAGAGUGAGUAUGAUCUGAGGUUUGAGGGGCCGAUAGGUGCGUUGGAAGAUCAUUAUUUGUUCUCGACCUCGGAGUAUGAGCCGAUUGAGCGACGGGAUGAGCUGCAUACAUUGCGGAAGCGAAGGCUGGAGAAGCGAAGUACGGUGGAGCACGAUAUCCUCUGGAUGGAACGGCAAAAACCUGGAUCAAAACGCUUAGUGAAGCGAAGUCUGCCCGUUGAGGAAAGACAAACAUUCGAUUUGACAGGCUCUCCCAAAGAACGCUUCGAAAUCGUCAAACACGCCCUCGGCAUCCAAGACCCAAUCUUUAAAGACCAAUGGCAUAUUCUCAAUACCGUACAAGAGGGGCAUGACUUGAAUGUAACCGGGGUAUGGGCUCAAGGAAUUACCGGGCAUAACGUCACCACAGCCAUCGUCGACGACGGACUUGACUUCACCUCCCUCGACCUUGCAGACAGCUACUACGCAGCCGGUUCAUACGAUUUCAACGCUCACUCCCCCGACCCCCUCCCAAAACUCUCAGACGACCAACACGGAACCCGCUGCGCCGGCGAAAUCGCAGCCACGAAAAACGAUGUAUGUGGUGUGGGCCUCGCAUUCGACUCCAAAGUCGCCGGGUUACGGAUUUUGAGUGCGGUUAUUUCGGACGCAGACGAAGCGAUUGCGAUGAACUACGACUACCAAUAUAACGACAUUUACUCUUGCUCAUGGGGGCCGCCUGAUGACGGCCAAGCCAUGGACGCGCCCGGAAUCCUCAUCAAACGCGCAAUGGUCAACGGCGUUAACCGUGGCCGUAACGGACUUGGUUCAAUCUACGUCUUCGCAACGGGGAAUGGCGCAGCGAAUGGGGAUAACUGCAAUUUCGACGGCUACACGAAUUCGAUUUACUCGAUUACUGUUGGCGCUAUCGAUCGGAAGGGUCUUCACCCAUACUACUCGGAAGAAUGCUCUGCGCAACUCGUUGUGACGUACUCCUCCGGUUCGGGGGAUUACAUUCAUACAACCGACAUCGGCACGAACAAAUGCACGAACCACCACGGCGGGACAUCCGCUGCAGCGCCCCUUGGUGCGGGGGUGAUUGCGCUCGUGUUGAGUGUAAGGCCGGAUUUGGGGUGGAGGGAUGUGCAGUAUUUGGUUGUGGAGACAGCGGUACCGGUUAACGUUGAUGAUGAAGAUUGGGAGGUUACGGGGGCGGGGUAUUGGUAUAACCACAAAUAUGGCUACGGGAAGUUGGAUGCGUGGGCGAUUGUUGAGCGUGCGAAGGAGUGGGAGGUGGUUAAACCUCAGGCGUGGCAUAAUAUCUCUUAUGUCGAGGUUAAUGAGCCUAUCCCGAAUAACCAGGGUGCGCAGGGAGAGGCGGUGAGGAGUGUUGUCACGAUCACUAAGGAUGAUUUAAAGAAGAGUAAUUUGGAGAGGGUGGAGCAUAUCACUGUCACCGUCAACAUCGACCACCAGCGCCGUGGGGAUAUCAGUGUCGAUCUCGUGGGUCCGAGGGGACAUGUCUCCAAACUGGCCGUGGCGAGGCGGAAUGAUAAUAGUGCGGAGGGCAUCAGGGAUUGGACGUUCAUGACUGUGAAGCAUUGGGGCGAGUCGGGCGUGGGUGAUUGGACCCUCAUCGUCCGCGAUGAGAAAAACUCACAAUACUCAGGCAAGCUCUUGAAUUGGCGCAUGACACUCUGGGGUGAAUCCGUUGACCCCGCCCUCGCUGUUCCGCACCCGCUUCCUGGGACUGACGAUGACCAUCCGUUGCCGCCGGAUCCGGUGUUGCCGAGUACGACGGCGAGCGCGACGUACAGUCAGAGUGCGCACCCGAGACCGGUGAUUAGUAUUACGAAGGCGGAGAGUGGGCAUGCGGCGAGUGUGCAUAGUGCGCAGGUGAGUACCGUGCCGCAUCCGAAGGUGAAGCCGACCACGACGGCUACUGCCACUACCACUACCACUACCGGUGUGGCGGCCACGGCUACGCCGGUGCAGGAGGAUGAGAAGGUUAGUGACGAAACUACAUCCGCCACGGAGACCGCGACCACUGGCAAGACAUACGAAAUCAUGGGCAACGAAUACGGACUCAUCGUCAUCGUCGUCGUCUUCGUCAGCGUGGGUACAGCCCUCCUCGGUGCCGCCAUCGCAGCCGUAUACUUCUUCAUCCGCCGUCAACGACUUCGUGCCGCACAACGCGAGGACUACGAGUUUAAGGUAUUGCGAAACACGGGGGACGCGGAUGUGGAUGAGACGCCCGCGGAGGUGAAGAGGGGUGGGGUUGAGGGGGUGUUGUAUGAUGCGUUUGAUGCGAGGGAUAGUGAUGAGGAGAUUUUUGAUGCGUUGGGGGAGGUUAGUGAUGAUGACGAGGAAGAUGAGGAGAGACGGAGGUUGAAUAGGACUUGA